AUGGCCUAUGGCUCGCUCUUGUGGAGAAUCUUUGCGGCCCGAAAAUGGAGGGAGCGGCUGGGCGGCCUAAUCGGUGAUCAAGUCACACUCCCGAUAACUGAUAGAACGUAUCAGAAACGAAAUCAAUUCAAGAAGUCGGCAGAUUUUGCGCGCAGGAACUCAGCCAUCCAGACAGAAGAUGUACUUACUAUCGCUAUUGAUAAUCUUGGUAUACGAUCUCUAGAAGUGUUAGAUUCUUGGCCGUCUGCAAUAACUGAUCAAGCCAAACGCCAUGAGGUCUAUGUUGUCGAAAAGAUUUCCAACUUUCAUAGUAGGCUAAUGUUAGAAAAGAGGGUAUGUUAAUUUAUUGUUUAUUUAUUUACGGGACUUAUUAUAUAAUAGGGAGAUUAUGUCCGUAUCCAGAAUAUCGACGAGCCCCUUCGACUGUGGGAUACUCCAGCCCCUCCACCAUUGUAUUCCUGUCAAUUCAGAGACAAGACAACAUCUCCGCUACGACUUAG